AUGACUGCUGUUGCAAACUUGACAUCUGACAACCAGGAGAAUAGUUUGCUUGGCCAAGUAGCAAAAAUGAUGAAAUCAAAUGCCAUAGGAUUAAACGAAGUGUCAGGCAACCUCAGUACAGUAGUUUCAGCUGAUAUUUUGAAAUGGGCAUCUAUUGGGGCAUCACGACUUUCUGAUGUUACCACUCUUGCUGCAAUUUGUGGCAGCAAUGAGACAUGUGAUGACUAUGAUCAAGGUUUGUGUCUGGACCAGAUUGAAAAGCAUGAGAUAAAGGUAUGGGAUGUAAAGGUACAGAAAUGUUUAAGAGCAUUGAUGGGCCAUACUGGAAGUGUGAAAUCCAUUUGUGUUCAUCCUACAAAUCACAAUGUUAUUGUCUCCGGUUCAAGAGAUGGGUCCUUUGCUCUAUGGGAUUUGAGGUGCAAUGACAGCAGUGGCCAAAGACUUUGUCUACAAUUAAUUGCUAUGGUGCAUGAGGCUCAUAUUUCUCCUUGUCAAAGGCGGGGUAGACGUAGAAAGGCUUCUUCUAUGAGCAUCACAUCUGUUCUGCAUCUAAAGAAUGAGGUCUCCAUAGCUACUGCUGGAGCAGUUGACAGUGUAAUAAAGUUUUGGGACACAAGGAGUCUGAAAUCUCCUAUCAGUCAGGCAUGCCCUCAUUCUAAAGGGUCAGCUGAGAAGGAAAGAAAGCUGCAUGGGAUAUCUAGUUUAUCUCAAGAUUUAAUUGGAGUCUUUAUCUCUGCAUCUUGCAUGGGUAGCAGAAUAUACCUAUACAAUGUACUUCAGCUAAAACAAGGGCCAGUGAAAACUUUCUCUGGAUGCCGAAUUGAUUCUUUUUUUGUGAUGUCAUCAAUAAGCCCUGAUGCAGCUCACAUAUUAAGCGGCUCUAGUGAUGAGAAUGCUUACAUAUGGCAGAUAAGGAAACCUCUUGCAGAUCCCAUUAUACUGAAUAGUCAUGAAGGAGAAGUUACAGCAGUAGAUUGGUGCCCAUCGGAGACCAAACCAUAUCAUUGUUUUCAUUUUCAUUUUUAUUUAUGA